CUUCGACUUGCCAGCACGCCUCACCCUCUAAAAGAAAGAGAUGGAAAAGGCGCUUGAAUCUUGGGAUAAGUUAAAGAAAGGAAAGGAGCAGUUUUAGAUUGGUUCUCUGGGCGGCUAGCUCUGAGAACAAGCAGUCGGGGGAGUGACAUGAAAUCUUCGUAGCAUGGCAUUAAAUAGUCCUUACCAAGAACCCCAGAAAAGAAGGUACUGGGAGUGGUGGUACAGUAUCAUUCGGGGGUGGAAGAAGAAGCUUUCCUUCCUUUUACAGUCACUGCCUUUGACGCCGACCCCAUCCCCACCUCCCAUUUCUUGCCAUUCCCAGCAACCCUCUAGUCUACUACUACAGUAUACACUACUACAGCGCCACCACAGCACAGCGGCAGCGGCAGCGGAAGCCUCCCUCCUUCCCCAGAUCUCAACGCGACGCGACGCCGCCCUCCUCGCCUCAAGAAGACUCCAACUGGCCACGCUAUGCCGCCAAUGGAGCACGACGGCGAGGCUCGCCGCGGGUUCGGCAGGAUGGGGUUCGGGUGCAAGCACUACAGCCGGAGGUGCCGGAUCCGCGCGCCGUGCUGCAACGACGUCUUCGGCUGCCGCCAUUGCCACAACGAGUCCACGAAAGACGGCCACGAGGUCGACCGGCACGCGGUUCAAUCGGUUAUCUGUCUCGUUUGUGACACCGAGCAGCCGGUUGCGCAGGUGUGCUGCAACUGCGGCGUUUGCAUGGGGGAGUACUUCUGCAGGACGUGCAAAUUCUUCGACGAUGAUGUUGACAAGGAGCAAUACCACUGCAAAGAUUGCGGGAUCUGCAGUUACCGACCUGACUGAAAUUGUGCUGAGUUUCAACAGAGUUGGAGGGAAGGGCAACUUCUUCCACUGCCAGAAGUGUGGAUCGUGCUACUCGACCACCCUGCGCGACAAGCACUGCUGCAUCGAGAACUCGAUGAAGAACAACUGCCCCAUCUGCUACGAGUACCUGUUUGACUCGUUGAGAGAGGCGUCCGUCCUGCGAUGUGGGCACACGAUGCACUUGCAAUGCUUCCACGAGAUGUUGAAGCACGACAAGUUCUCUUGUCCCAUAUGCUCGACUUCUAUCUUCGACAUGGACAAGUUCUUGAGGGCCUUGGAAGGCGAGAUGGAAGCAAGCUACUAUUACAUGGGAAAGGGAUGGAUCGUGUGCAACGACUGCAGGGACACGACGCAGAUCUUCUCCGGCGUGGCGGGCCACAAGUGCUGCCACUGCCAGUCGUACAACACAUGCAUGGUCGCUCCCCCGGUCCUCCCGUAGCGGCAGCGGCAGAUUGUUUUAUGAGCUCUCGCCCCAGGCAUCGUUAGUAACGAUGCAUAUACAGAUUCCAUUCCAGUCCAAGAUGAACUUCAUCUGAUCCUAUAUAUUGCGUGCAAGGUUAGCAUACGAAGUGCACCAUUGUUCCAAGCUCAAAGCUUGUCCCCAAUGAUUCAUGAUACACAUCUGUAAGGCGGUUAAAGAACGGAUCCAAUUAUUAUAUCUAUAUCUAUACUUUUCUCCUCCUAUAUAA